AUGGCUCCCGACACCACGAAGCUUUCUAGUCUCUUCGAGACAAUUAAGAAAGAAUUCCCACACACUAUCAGCGAGCAUGGCUGGUACACAUUGACAGCCUCUGUCCUAAUCACAGCCUCAACCCCAACAGACAUAACCCACCUAUACAACUUCCUCAUCUCCCAACCAGAAUGGUCUACCCAUGAACAAAGAAAGAUCCUCAGUCGCCGUCUUCGAGAACAAAUGCUCAAGCAAUGGGUAGUAAUAGGAAUACCAAAAGUGAUCACGGCCGUUUUCUCUCUAGCUCAAAUUGAGAAGCUUGAAGAUGCCGACCUAUCAUUCACGAGGUACUCAAUCAAUUCCCCUUUGAAAAUGAAAUAUGACACCCAAAAAGGAAAAGAAAACAAAAAUUUCAAUCUUACAAGCAGCAGAGAAGGAGUAACCAUAUCACCCGAGAUUAACGCCCGCGGUCGAGAACUCUGCUACUCCCUCUACGGAGAAGAAGGAUACAACAGCAUAAUGGCAAGCUGCGGGAGCUUCAGCGCAGACUUCACCUGGGCAUCAGACAAUAUAAUCUACGGAAUGUUUUUAUCCGAUGAAAGUAUCAUUAAUCGCGUCGAGACGUCACUGAUGGCGAUCUCAUGCAUGCAAUGCAUGGGUCUACAAGGAACUUCAAAGAGACACCUGAAUGGGUUGAAGAACCACGGUGUCAGCGAUGAAGAUAUUGGUGCUGUUAUUUCGUCUGCUAGAAGGAUAGCAGAUUGGGCUGGUCUUGAUACAGCUGAAUGGGUUACUGUGAAUGAUCUGUGA